CCGCCAGAAGCUAUCAAACGCUACCGCUACGCCACAGUCUUGACUAGUGCUACGGAGAGUUUAUAGUGUGUGCCCUGUAAAGUGUCGAAAGUGUCUGUGUGUCUUCGAGUUCGAUGCAUACCCAAGCCUACAAGAUGUACCAUCAGAGUGAACAGAAGAAUUCUGCUGUGGUUUUGGACGUCAUACCGCCGCACUACAACCUGCAUCAUGGACAACCCAGUCCCCCGCAAAGCCCUACUCAAUACACCAAAGAUUGCUCGAGUCCGAGCUCUCAAGACUCCAAAUUGAACAACCCUACCAGCCCUUCUUCAAUGAACGAUCCCAACAUCAGGCGGUACAGGACUGCGUUCACCAGAGAGCAGCUGGCUCGCCUCGAAAAGGAGUUUUACAAGGAAAAUUACGUUUCUAGGCCCAGAAGAUGCGAACUAGCAGCCCAACUGAACCUGCCAGAGAGCACAAUCAAGGUCUGGUUCCAAAACAGAAGGAUGAAAGACAAGCGUCAACGCAUGGCGAUCGCCUGGCCUUACGCAGCGGUCUACACAGACCCCGCGUUCGCAGCUUCGUUGCUCCAAGCUGCAGCUUCGACCCUGCCGCUGCACUACCCUCCUCCGCCGCCGAUGUACUCCGCGCCUUACCCGCGAUACCACCCUUACCCUAGCUUCGGCAUGCCUCCCCAGAUGCACCACAACGUGGGGAUGGCGCAGCCUCAGCCUCAAGGCCUGAACCUCAACCUCAACUUCGAUUUUCCUCAUCAGGCGUACCAGCCUGCGCAUCAGCCUAGGAUAUCGCCGAAUUCGUCGGCGCAUUCUGAGCUCAGUUUGAGCCCGCCUAUGCACGAGGGGUUGCUGAUACCUGCAUCGAAGGUUUCUCCUGUGCAGCAGACGCAGGUCGGCGUGGAGAAGCCUAAGCUGUUCAAGCCUUACAAGUCGGAGGUUUAGGGGGUUCGGGGGGGCGAAGAGUUAUGUGUGAGGGGAGCUAGGGGUGUUGUGAUUUUUGUACUAAUUGAGAUGAUUUUUAUGUUAAGUUUUUGUACAUAGUUUUCGACUGUAUAUUAUUAAAUUAUUAUGGAAAAUGUAUAUAUUGUUGGAGAAUAUAGAAAAUUGAUUUUGAA